AAUUUUGAGUGUAUCGUUUUUGUUGUGAAAAUAAUACGUCAUAUCGCAGCAGCGGGAUUUUAAAGAGAAAAAAAGACAUUAUUUAAAUUUUUCAAGGAAAUCUUUUGGCUAUAACUCAUUCAAAAUGAAUUUUCAAGAUAAAGAUCGUUCAUUGGCUACAGCCACUACCGCAGAUGUUGAGGAGGAUGAAGAGGAAGAUUGUGGACCAAUACCAAUUAAGAAAUUAGAAGUCAAUGGUAUAACAAGCAAUGACAUAGAACGCCUCAAAAAUGCAGGAUUUCAUACAGUGGAAUCGGUAGCAUUUGCUCCUAAGAAGGAGUUAUUGGCACUUAAAGGAUUCUCCGAUAGUAAAGUGGACAAACUCGUGGAACAUGCUUCAAGUCUGGUGCCCAUGGGUUUUACAUCGGCCCUUUGUUUCUAUCAAAAACGCUCGGAAAUUAUAAUGCUAACAACAGGUUCAAAGGAAUUGGAUAAACUUUUGGGUGGAGGAAUAGAGACUGGUUCGAUUACAGAGCUAUUUGGUGAGUUUCGAUCGGGUAAAACACAGUUGUGCCACACAUUAGCAGUGACUUGCCAACUGCCCAUAAGUCAGGGUGGUGGUGAAGGAAAGUGUUUGUAUAUCGAUACGGAGGGUACAUUCCGUCCAGAACGAUUGGUGGCCAUGGCUGAUCGGUAUAAAAUGGUAAAAGAUGAUGUUUUGGACAAUGUUGCUUGUGCAAGAGCUUUCAAUUCGGAUCAUCAAACGCAGCUAUUGUUAAAGGGUGCAGCAAUGAUGGCAGAAUCAAGGUAUGCUUUAAUUAUUGUGGACAGCGCAACAGCUCUGUAUCGCACAGACUAUGUUGGCCGUGGUGAACUGGCUGCUCGCCAAAUGCAUUUAGCUCGGUUCUUACGUUUACUUUUAAGACUAUCUGAUGAAUUUGGAGUUGCUGUAGUCAUAACAAACCAAGUAGUUGCCGAAGUGAAUGGUGGUGCUGCCAUGUUUCAAGCAGAUGCUAAAAAACCCAUAGGAGGUAAUAUAAUAGCACAUGCUUCAACGACACGUUUGUCCUUACGCAAGGGUCGAGGUGAUACAAGAAUAUGCAAGAUUUACGAUUCUCCCUGCCUACCUGAAUCGGAAGCUAUGUUUGCUAUUCAACCUGAUGGCAUAGGUGAUGUAAAAGAUUAAACACGAUUAUUAAUUGAUAUGGUAUUCAAAUUAAUACAAUUAUAUAGCAUAAGUAUACGAUUAUCUCUCUUUCAUUUAAAAAAUUACGCAAGAAUUUUUCUGUUCGAAUAACUAUCAGUAAUGCAUAUGAUAUUUUGUAACAAAUAAAAUUGCUUUGGGCACUUAGACAAAAUUAUUAUUUCAAGGAAAUAUGCAAAAUUUCAAUAAAUAAAAUGUUGACAAGUUUGAAA